AUGCCCGGAAAAUCGAAAACGUCGCUGAAGAUGCUGCAAACCCGGCAGCGCGGUCUUCAAACAUCGUUCAACAACAUGCUGAAGUUUAUGGAAGCCUACACCGACGAGACGAACAUAACCGAGGUCAAGGUACGACUGGAUCAACUGGAUCAACUAUGGGACAGGAUGAACGAGAACAUCGAAGAGGUAGAAGCCCAUGAAGAAUCGACUGCCGAUCCAGAUUCAUUCGCCAAGGUUCGGAUAGACUUCGAGAAUCGAUUUUAUAAUCUCAAAUCGUUUCUGUUAGACAAGGACCUACCAGACAUCGAAAAAUUCCACUAUCUCCGUAGUCAGUUAGAAGGUGAGGCUUUGGCAGUCAUCGAUUCGCUUCCACUAACUAGAGCAAACUAUGUCGUGGCAUGGGAACUAAUCUGCAACCGGUACUCCAAUUCCAAAACCCUUCGUAAACGUCAGGUUCAAGCUUUAUUCGAAUUGCCGGUGGUAAGGAAGGAAUCAUCUGCAGAUUUGCACACUCUGUUAGACUCAUAUGAGAAAAUCGUCAAAUCACUGGAUCAAGCUACUCCGAAUGCGGCUGACUUCAAGGAUCUUCUGCUUCUUCAUCUGCUCAGCUCGAGAUUAGAUAGCGCGACGAGAAGGAGCUGGGAGGAAUACACUUCUACCAUGGAAACGGAUACCGUAAAGGAGCUGACGGACUUUCUACAGCGACGUAUUCAUAUACUAGAGUCACUUCCCACCCGGUCGGUCGAGCAACGAAUAGAUACUAGUUCAUCGAAAUUCACCAAAAGGUCUAAUGUGGUGAAGGUUUGCAAUACUACUAUACAAUCUUCGGCUCCAAUCAAAUGUGUGGUGUGCACCGAUAGCCAUCUCCUCUAUCAGUGCCCACAAUUUCUCAAACUACCUGUUUCUGAAAGGGAUGGAUUGCUGCGGUCUCACUCGCUGUGUCGAAAUUGUUUUCGGCGCGGUCAUCAGGCUCGGGAUUGCAACUCAAAGUUUACCUGUCGGCAAUGUAGAGGAAAACAUCACACACUCGUUUGCUUUAAGGGGAAGGCAGACGAUAAGAGAUCAAGCAACACCACCGAGUCCACUACUAAUACAGUAGAAUCUGCGGAAGAGCCAACCAACACCAAGGUGGUAAACGUGGCAGCCACUACCUCGGCAAUUAGCAAUGCAGCAACCGGAUCACCAACAGGAGUAUUGCUGCUCACUGCGAUCGUGCUUCUGAAGGAUGAAGGAGGCAAUAUCGUGCAUGCAAGGGCGCUUUUGGAUAGCGCAUCGGAAUGUAAUCUCAUCACCAAACAAAUGAGGAACCAAUUAUCGGUCAAGGAGGAUCCUAGCACAGUUCAGGUUGUAGGCAUUCACGGUACUUCUAACAAGGUUCAUGGCAAGGUUAGUGUGACAGUUCGGUCUCGGAAUUCCAAUUUCGCCCAAGACAUGGAGUUUUAUGUCAUGCCCAAGAUCACUGCACAGCCAGGAAUGGCUUCAGUCAACCCAAACGAUUGGAAUCUUCUAGCAGGAAUAGAACUGGCGGACCCAAAUUUUGCAAUUUCCAAGCCAAUCGAUCUAGUCCUAGGAGCAGAAUUCUUUUUCGAUCUGUUCGUUUCUGGCCGUCGCAUGAGUAUAGGGGAAAAAUUACCACUACUAAUCGAUUCAGUUUUUGGAUGGAUUGCUACAGGAAGGUUCCCAAUGGAUAGUCCAAUCACCACUGUGUUAUGUGAUGUAGCGGUUUCGAGUCAUUUAGACAAGCUGAUUGAAAGGUUUUGGGAGUAUGAGGAGAUAGGUUUGGAGAAUAGUAUGUCACCUGAUGAAGCCAAAUGCGAGGAGUAUUUCACCCAAACAAUCCAAAGACAAUCAUCUGGGAGGUAUUCGGUAUCCCUCCCCAGGAAGGAUGAACUACUUCGUAACCUGGGUGAUUCUAAGGCAAGCGCGGAAAGGAGGUUCCUUCAAAUUGAACGACGGUUGAACCGAGACUCAUCGUUACGUGAACAAUAUGUGUCAUUUAUGGCGGAAUAUGAGGCACUGGGGCAUAUGUCACGAGUCGCAGAGGUGGACAUUGGAACGGGUCGAUGUUAUCUCCCUCACCACCCGGUUGUUAAGGAAGGAAGCACUACCACACGGGUACGGGUGGUGUUCGAUGCUUCGGCAAGGACCGACACUGGUUUAUCGCUCAACGACUGUUUGUAUUCAGGUCCAAUAAUCCAACGGGAUAUACGUUCAAUUAUCCUACGUAGUCGUUUUCGUCCAAUUAUGCUGGUAGCCGAUGUCGAAAAAAUGUUUCGGCAGGUGGAUAUUUGUCCGGAAGACAGGCAGCUUCAAUCGAUUCUUUGGCGUUCGUCCCCAGAUCUACCCCUAGCAACAUUCCAGUUAAACACUGUCACCUACGGUACCAAACCAGCACCCUUUCUGGCGACGAGAACCCUCGUACAGCUUGCCACCGAUGAAGCCACGAGAUUCCCAUUGGCGGCUGCAGCAGUUAAAGAGGAUUUCUACAUCGAUGAUGCAAUAACAGGAGCAGACGAUCCUGCAACUGCCAAGGAACUACGAAUUCAGCUAGUGGACAUGCUUAGUAGCGGAGGAUUUAAGCUUCGAAAGUUUGCGUCAAAUUGCUCUGCUGUACUGGAAGGCCUACCAAGCGAAGAUUUGUCACUACAAGCUGAAGAAGGAAUUUACCUAGACCCGGAUCCUAUGGUUAAAACAUUGGGACUUAUUUGGAUGCCACCCACAGACGAAUUCCGGUUUCAUUUCAAGGCGCCACCACUACCGGAGUUCCCCCUAACGAAACGGAAAAUUUUCUCCAUAAUUGCCAGUUUGUUUGAUCCUCUUGGAUUUGUGGGAGCAGUUUUAACCCGAGCAAAACUAAUCAUGCAACUAUCGUGGCAGCUACUGGACGACAACGGACAGAAACUUUCAUGGAAUUCUUCAAUGCCAUAUAAAAUUGAAGCAGACUUCAGGAAAUUUUACCAGCAAAUUCCUCUUCUCAAUGAGCUACGCAUCGAGCGGUUGGUAAUCAUUCCUCAAGCAAGGCACAUUCAACUGCACAUAUUUUCGGACGCGUCGGAAAGGGCUUUCGGCGCAUGUGUGUACGUCAGAACGGAGGAUGCAUCGGGGCGAACCAAGGUGGCUUUACUACUAUCCAAAUCUCGCGUUGCUCCACUUAAAACACAAACAAUUCCCAGACUUGAGCUUCGAGCUGCAACACUGGCCGCGGAAAUGUAUUCCCAAUUCAAGGAUUCGAUGGAUUUUUUCUUUUGGACCGAUUCUGAAAUCGUUCUUCGUUGGUGUGCAGCAACCCCUUCGACAUGGACCACAUUCGUCGCGAAUCGUGUUGCUAAAAUUCAACGGUUGACUGAAAACUGCCACUGGUACCAUGUUCCCGGAGAGAAGAACCCUGCUGAUCUCAUAUCUCGUGGGAUCUCACCCGAAGAAAUAUUACAAAAUCAACUGUGGUGGGAAGUCGACUGGUUGCAAGCAGGUGUGGAAUAUUGGCCGAAGCAGAAGGUAUUCAUGGCGAGCGGAAUUGAAGAGGAGAGGCGUAGAGUGGUGUUAUCAACAAGGGAAUCGGAUCUCAGUUUUAUCGCUGAUUACAUAGCUCGAUAUUCUACCUAUACUACUAUGGUUCGUCACUUGGCUUGGUGGUAUCGCUAUCUACACAACCUACAAGUGAAAAGAGAAGAUCGUCAAUUUGGACCGUUGACCGCAGUGGAUCUCCUAUGUGCCGAAACGACAAUAAUACAACGUGUCCAACGGGAGAUGUUUCCAACCGAGCUAAAAGCCAUAAGCAAGGGUGAAGGUGUAUCGCGACGAUCUCCUCUGCGUUGGUACUAUCCAUUCGUUUCGAACGAGGAGACUUGGGAAAUCGGGAGAGACGAAACCAGCAACUAUUCGUCAGUUCAUGGCCGAACUACCUACACCAAGAGUUGUACCAGCAAAACCAUUUUCGACAACGGGGUCGAUUAUUUUGGCCCGAUCUAUGUGCGACCAGGGUAUCGAAGAACACCAGUCAAGGCGUAUGUGGCAGUGUUUGUUUGCUUCUCCACAAAAGCGGUGCAUUUGGAGUUAGCAACCGAUCUAUCGACAGCCUGCUUCAUCCAAGCUUUGCGUCGAUUUAUUUCACGUCGCGGGAAGUGUGCUAAACUGUUCUCCGACAACGGCACAAAUUUUGUUGGGGCGAGAAACGCAAUGGAAAAACUUUUGCAGAAUCUGAGGUCAAGGGAAUACAACGAAGCAGUGUCAAGGUGGUGUGCGGACGAAGGAAUGCAGUGGAGUUUCAUACCCCCCGGCGCCCCUCACUUUGGUGGCCUGUGGGAGAGCGCAGUACGUUCUACAAAAGUGCAUCUGCUGAAGGUAUUAGGAGAAACGGCGGUUUCGUAUGAGGAUAUGACAACUCUUCUGGCCCAGGUGGAGUGCUGUUUAAAUUCAAGGCCCCUAACACCCUUAUCCGAUGACCCGAAUGAUCUGGAGGCCUUGACUCCCGGGCAUUUUUUGGUCACGACAUCUCUUCAAGCAAUUCCGGAGGAGGAUUUGACCAAUAUUCCAACAGGCAGAUUGCAACAUCGAGAGCUGAUUCAACAAUGUCUGCAGUUCUAUUGGAAGCGAUGGAGAUCUGAGUAUCUUACGAUGCUUCAAGCGCGAAUGAAGUGGUGGCAACCGGCGAAGGAGAUCAAGAUUGGCAGCUUGGUGGUAAUACGGGACGAGAACCAACCACCCACACGAUGGAGGAUGGCACGUAUUCAUGCAGUACACCCAGGGGACGACAAUGUGGUCAGAGUGGUCACACUUAAAACCGUCGAUGGAUUCAUCAAGAGACCGGUUAGUAAAAUUUGUUUCCUACCAGUAGCGAGUCCAAUGGAAACGGAUGAAACGAAUGCCGAGCUUACUUCUGAAACUCCGGCUGCUUCAGAGGCGGGGAGGAUGUUGAGGACCACCCUAUAA